CCUCCUCCUUUUUCCGACAGGGCCCAGCACUUCGUCAACUCGAUUAAAACGUGCCUUCACAGUACAGAGAAGGAAGCUACAACUUUUUAAGCUAGCCAGUUCACGCCAGUUGCUGUAACCCGCCGUCAUGCCGGAAUACAUGGACGACCCGUCCCAGCUCACAAAGGACAAGCUUAAGAGCGAGUUGCUGGCGCACAACGUGGAGGUCCCGAGCGGCAACCACAAUAAAGACGUGUACGUUCAGCUUUAUCUGGAAAAUUUGACCGCGCAGAACAAGAAACGUGUCGCCGCCACGACUUUGGACGCCUUCUCCAGUGACGAGGAGCUGCCCCCGCCUGUGGUGUCCAGCAGGAGUCGCUCUUCCGGCAAAAAAGCACCCAGGAAAACUGACAAGAUUCAGCCAGACGAGCUGGAUGUGACUGCGCUGACUGAUGAAUACCUGAGAGAUGAGCUGCUCAAACAUGGAGUAGAUGCUGGACCAAUUGUGGCAUCAACCCGCAAACUGUACGAGAAGAAACUGAGGAAGCUCCUUGAUGACGGUCCUGCACAGGCAACAAUAACAAAGAUAGUGGUCACGGAGAUCCAAGUUAACCACAAUGGCAACUCUGAAUCUGACCUCUAUAGUGACAAGGAGGACGAUGUGAUAGCAGAACCGGAGCCUGAGCUCGUGGCUGCGCCUGAGCCAGUUCCAGUGGUGGAGAGGCCAAUUCGGAGCAGAGGGAAGACACCCGUCACUACCCGCACUCACAGCAGAGAGCACAAGACUCUCCAUCAUAAACAAGUGGCAACAGAGGCUCUUCUCAACACAGCUCUGCUCGAGGUGGAGAAGAUAGCAGCCGGUGACCAAACUCCCAAAGUGGGUGAGAAAGAUGUUCUUAAAGAGCUGUUCUCCAAUGAUGUCAAUAGUCCAACAGGGAUCAUGGCCACUUGUAGACGACCAAUCCGGGGAGCCGCCGGGCGCCCACUGAUCUUCAGCGAUUUCUGGAAGGAUGAAAACUCAUACUUCUCUCCCAAAACUACUAAAACCAUCAGCAACUCCACCUCUUCCUCUUACACAGAGAGCUGUAUCAUCAACAGAGUCAACAGCUUGCCAAAGUCUUCUUCUAAACCCUUGUCCAGCACACCCACACUCCUGUCUGCACCUCCCCCUACUGGUGCAAUGAAAGCAGUGCCCCAAGGCAUGUCUCUGUGGAAAAAGGUGCUCCUACUGGCAAUAGUGGCUGCUUUCCUGUUCUUUAUUUACCAAGCCAUGGAAACCAAUACCCUCAACCCAUUUUCAACAGCAGACUCAGAGGUGACCAGUGGCAGCAAGGCAUAGUGUUCAUGGUGAAUGUAGUGGGAGAGGACUGUUUGCUCAUAACAUUUAAAUAUAUCUGUGAAUCGAGUCUUUUUUUUUUUUUUUUCCCCCACAGAUGGUCUGAAAUGAUCAUUGUUCACCAUUGUUUGUUUGUUUUUGUUUUUUUUUAACUCACUGGAUGUUGGCCCAUUGUGAUCAUAACAAAGCCAACCACUUAUACAAAACCCCAAAUAUUGUAGCUAAUGUGGACUCACUAAUAUUUUAUCUUUGUUUUUUUAACUUGCAUGGCGUGAUUGAACUUUACUGUGGUCAAGAGGUUGCUUGUCACAGAAGAUAAUAGCCUUGAAGAUGGGUAUUUCUUUUUGUACUUAAGCCAGCUUUCUAGGCUUAUCCAAAUAGUGUAAACCUUAGAGUUUUCUUAAAUGUUCUCUUUAUACUUGCAUUCUACCUAAUUAUGUGUUCAUGUCACAAUUAUUGAAAUACAGUAUUGAAUUUACUCAAUAAACUAUAGAUAUGUAA